AUGCGCCCCCCACGGCCCGUACACCACGUCGUGGCGUACCGCCUCGCCCCGUCCGGCGACCCGCAGGCGCUCGUGCGCGCCGCCACGUCGUUGCCGGACACGGCGCGGCUCAAUGGCGCACCGUAUAUACGGCGCGUGACGGGCGGCAAGCAGAACAGCCCGCUCGCGAUGGCGGACGGCAUGCAUGUCGUGUUCGUGCUCGAGUUUGCGUGUGAGGCGGAUCGGGAUUAUUGGGUGUUCACCGAUCCGGCGUACAAGGCUUUCAAGGUGGGUCCGAGAUGA